UACAGAAAGGUCCAGUAGCCCAGGCCCAUGAAUUGGGUUGCUGAGUCCAUCCAUAUCCGCCCUCCGCGCCUGAAAGAAAAGUGAAGGAGAGAGUGCGGAGAUUUAGCUCGUACGAACCUGUUCGCGCAGGGUUUAAGGCUUCUGCCCCAAUCGUCUCCGUCCGGCUGCUUCUCUUCUCCCGCCGCACCGGCAACGUGACUUGCAUCAGUCUCAGUGUGACCGUCGGGCCCCUCGAUUUGAUUUCUAACACUGCCUUUCGCUUGCCGGAGGAUUUCACGAUCCUAGGGUUUUGUAUGCCACCCUCAAGAUAAAUCUUGCGCAGUAGGUUAGUCCUGUAGCGCUCUGGGCCGGAUGGCAGCUUCAAUCUCGAAAGGAAUACUGCGUUCUUUUGGUUCCUUGUCUGCUCUUCGCCGUUGCCAGGAUGUAAGCAUUCGAGCUUCAGGGGACAGUUUAUUCUCUCGGGCAUCCUCUUUUCAUUUGGGGUCGGCCACUACCCUUUCGCAUCAGAGGUGGUUUACAUCUGUAUUGACCCCUGAAUCAAGCGAUGAUCCAUUUCCCGCUGAUUUGUUAUCAUCAAGGGCUGUGAUAACCCCAGAUCGUAAAAUAGGGCUUUAUCAGGACCUGGCAAUUCCUUUGACAAAUUUCCAAAAUGAGGACAAAGGGUUUAUGGUUCUAGCUGGUGAUGUGUUUGAUGUACCCAUUAGAAAAGACAUUGUUCAUCGAGUCGUGAGGUGGCAACUCGCCAAAAGGCAGCAAGGAACACAUUCGACAAAAACUAUCAGUGAGGUUAGCGGGACUGGGAGAAAGCCAUGGAAUCAGAAGGGAACUGGCAGAGCUAGGCAUGGAACGCUGCGUGGGCCUCAGUUCAGAGGUGGUUGUGUUAUGCAUGGCCCCAAGCCACGAAGCCACGCCUUCAAACUAAAUAAGCAGGUCAGGCGUUUAGGUUUGAAGAUUGCGCUGACAGCACGUGCGGCAGAAGGAAAGCUUUUCGUGUUUGAGGAUUUGGAGGUUCCUACGCACAAAACCAAGAACAUGGUCAACUAUGUCCAGCAGAUGGAGGAUGCCAAGAAACUGCUGUUGGUUGAUGGUGGUCCCAUCAGUGAAAGACUGAAGCUGGCUACACAAAAUCUACAUUAUGUCAAUGUUAUACCUUCAAUUGGAUUGAAUGUCUACAGCAUACUGCAACAUGACACAUUGGUGAUGUCCCGUGCUGCUGUGAACGGAAUUGUGGAUCGAAUGCACACGCCAAUCAACCGCUAACUGACUGCAAUGCUGUUUGAGGAGGAAACCUGUUCUUCCUUGUCCUUUUAGGCGAAAUCAUAGGCCAAAGCAAAUAAGAUGUGUCCGUCAAAGAUUUAUUUUGCUUUGUUCCUCUCCCCCUCUGUUUGGAGUGCCUCUACGACUUGGCACUAUGUUAGCUACCUUGAUUUUGUGAUCCCUAUGGAUGUGGUUUUGAUGUAAGCAAAAGGUGCUUCACUCGUUUUAGAUCAAUGUGGUUGAAACUUGAAGAAACCAAUGGUCUUUUCUUAAACCUGUGGCUUUGUCUGUUUGUCUCUGUUCUUGAUCGCCUUGCAAGAUUAUAA